UUUGAUACAUCAGUACAGGAUUUAAACUGGGAUUACCGUUGACCAGGGGUCGGCUCUUUCAUCCAUUUGAUGCCCAUGCGCCUCUCUGUGCUUGUAAAAUAAUUAAUGAAUAUUUAUUUAAAAUGUAUUUUAUUUUACAUCAUUCUUUUUUAUCUGUAUGCCAAUUUUAAACAUCAACAUUGCCAUCUUUUAAAAUUAACAAAAAUGAUAAAGACCCGAAAUUAUAAUAAUAACAUAAUAAUGAAAACAAUUUUGCCGGCAGCUAUGUGUGUGUGUGUUUUGCACUUCAAGCACCGGUCUAAACAACCUGACCAGUGUGUCCAGAACGUUAUAAUUAAAUUAUCUCACUUAGAAUGAAUACAAACAACAAACAACAAAUGUCUCUAUAGGAGUUUUCUGAGCUGAAGAGGAUAUGAGCUUCUGGACUGUUGCCUCAUACAGACUCACUCCUCCCACUGAAGCGAGUGUUUUCUAAACCCGGUCUCUCAGAGAGACUUGUCACUUAGAAAAUGUUCCCUGGUUACGAAACUUUGGCUGAAUAGUGCUUGUUCCUGUCUCCAAUGUGGCGACCUAUGUGUGUGUCGAUGGUGGUGACGCAUCCAUGAGCCUGGCUGAGGCAAAAGUCCAGAAGCUCGUAUCCUUAUGGAGAUAUUUGGUGCAAUAACAUUUGUGUUUUUAUCCCUGGGAACUUGAAGUCACAGAGAAAUAUUUAGAAAAAUCACAUCUUUCACAGGUACAAAAACAACAGAUACACCAGUUCAAAAUAUUGGGUACAAGUACACAAAAUGCAUGACUUCAGUCACACAUAAAAAAAUCUUACACUCACAGUUUGUUACGGAAAUUUUAUAUUCCAGUACUUUAAUCCUAUUAACUAAUGUAUUACCUUAUGCCUGAAAGCAUUCACACACACACACACACACACACACACACACACACACACACACACACACACACACACACACACACACACACACACACACACACGUAGAGUGGUAAAUGAAGUGCUUUAAGAGCUCUAUAUAUUACCUCUACUUAUGACCAAUAAGCUGUGAUACUCUAAAUAUAGAACAUCAACCUGCUCGGUCUUUGGAUGUUUACUCAGAAGAUUCUGGGAUUCUUUGUUUAUUCAGGGAUUGUUGAACACCGUCUUGAUUCAGGAAAGAGUCGGGUUUAUAAAAAGGAAGAAUUUAUUUUCCAAACAAUUAAAACAUGACACAUUAACCAAUAUUUACUGUGAUGGAUGGAUCUGGGUGGAUGAGAUGUGGGGGUAGGUCGGGUUUUCACAGCAUCUGUCUGCAUCCCUUCGUGGGGGUUUGUUGCUAGCCUCUCAAGGCUGUUAUGGCGUCAGAUUCGGAUGACAAGACGUUUUUUGGGUCAGGCUGAGAUAAUUUUCCUCUCUGCCUUCAGUCUUUAAACUGAUCAUUCCAGUCCGACAGUGAUGCCAGUUUGGGUUUUUAAACUUGUCCAUACAGUAAUACGCUAUGGGAAUGACAGCAAAAGCUAACAGUGUAGAUCAUAAUUGUGCAAACACAGAUAGUAUUUAAUGGUUGUUAAAUCAUGUAAACUUUAGUUUCCUAUCACAACGUGGCAACCCACAGAAACUGCAGUAACCACAUCUGACCACAGGAGGUCACUGUUACUCAUUUCUUAUAUAGUUUACCUUUAACAAUAACAAAGCCAGAGACUAAAGGUGAGUUUCCAACCUGGAUUUAAAGACAGCCAGAAGAAGACUGCCUAACAGCAAGAGAAAGAUCCGUACCACAACCACGCUCUUUCAACUGCUGGGAUGGAGGGCAACCACUGAGCAGAGGUGAUAAAGCUUUAUUCAGAUGUGGCAUCUCUGAUUUAUUGUGUUUUAAAUAGAAACAUGUAUUAUUUAUAACAUCACCACAAACAAAUAAAAUCAAAAGAACUGAACAAUAAAAUAAAAUUAAAACGUGUGGACUUCCUUGGCCUGCCCUACUGCUGGUGCCCAUAUUUCCGAAAGGACCUUGAACGCAGCAGCAGCAUCAUCAUGGACCUGCAGCCGCCUGCAGCUGUGACGUGCAGCGACGGAUCUGAACGGCGACACGAGACCCAAACCGGGCAACCGGAACCUCCCGUCUCACUCUCCUCUCUACGCUGACGGAGCACCGCGUUGCGGAUCGGUGGUACCGCUGGAACCGAUUAUAGAUAAUGGGCUGUGUUCAAUGCAAGGAAAAGGAAUCAACAAAACUCACAGAGAAGCGGGAUGCUAGCAUCGCCCAUGGAAUGGGGUAUCGCUACGGGGGGGACCCCACGCCUCAGCACUACCCUAACGUAGGGGAACACACCAUCCCGAACUACAACUCCAGCACUACUGUUGGACGAAGCGUGGCUGUGUUCGGAGGGGUCGGCACUGCUUCCCACACUGGGACCCUGAGGACUCGGGGAGCAGGAGUCACCCUUUUUGUGGCACUUUAUGACUACGAGGCAAGGACAGAAGAUGACCUGAGCUUUAAGAAAGGAGAGAAGCUCCAGAUUGUUAACGGCACUGAAGGAGACUGGUGGGACGCUCACUCGCUCACCACCGGUGGCAGUGGUUACAUCCCCAGUAACUAUGUGGCUCCAGUGGACUCCAUCCAGGCUGAAGACUGGUACUUUGGUAAACUGGGCCGAAAAGACGCAGAGAGACAGCUACUGGCUGCUGGCAACCCUCGAGGCACCUAUCUCAUCCGAGAGAGUGAAACCACAAAGGAAGCCUUCUCCUUGUCGAUACGGGACUGGGAUGGUGUGAGAGGCGAUCAUGUUAAGCACUAUAAGAUCCGCAAGCUGGACAGUGGUGGCUGUUACAUCACCACCAGGGCACAGUUUGAAACACUGCAACAGCUGGUUCAGCACUACUCAGAGAGUGCAGAUGGUUUGUGCUUUACUUUAACGGGCGUGUGUGUGAACUACAUUCCUGAAACGGUUGGCUUGAGUCGUGAUGCCUGGGAGAUCAGCAGAGAUGCGCUCCAAAUGGAAGUAAAGCUGGGCUCAGGAUGUUUUGCUGAAGUGUUUUACGGCACGUGGAAUGGAACCACUAAAGUUGCAGUGAAGACGCUGAAGCCUGGCACCAUGUCCCCCGAGUCAUUCCUGGAGGAGGCUCAGAUUAUGAAGAAACUUCACCACGACAAGCUGGUGCAGCUGUAUGCUGUAGUGUCUGAGGAGCCCAUUUAUAUUGUGACGGAGUAUAUGAGCAAAGGGAGCCUGCUGGAGUUUUUGAAGCGUGGAGAAGGACAAGAGCUAAAGCUUCCUACGCUGGUGGACGUUGGAGCUCAGGUGGCAACAGGCAUGGCCUACAUCGAGAGGAUGAAUUACAUCCACAGAGACCUGCGAUCCGCCAACAUCCUGGUGGGCGACAACCUGGUGUGCAAGAUAGCAGACUUCGGUCUCGCCCGGUUAAUCGAGGACAACGAAUACACAGCUCGGCAAGGCGCAAGGUUCCCCAUCAAGUGGACGGCCCCGGAGGCCGCGCUCUAUGGCAGAUUCUCUAUCAAGUCUGAUGUGUGGUCUUUUGGCAUUUUGUUGACGGAGCUUGUGACCAAGGGUCGGGUACCCUAUCCAGGGAUGAGCAACCGUGAGGUGCUGGAGCAGGUGGAGCAGGGCUACAGGAUGCCGUGCUCCCUGGACUGCCCCGUCUCUCUGCAUGAGCUGAUGCUGCAGUGCUGGAAAAAGGAUGCAGAGGAGAGACCCACGUUUGAAUACCUGCAGGCCUUCUUGGAGGACUACUUCACAGCCACGGAGCCUCAGUACCAGCCUGGGGAUAAUCUCUAAACCUUCCUGUCCUCCUCGCUCAGCGGAGACUCGAGCCAGACCCGGAGAGGCCCAGUCAGCGCUGCAAACAGCCAGGUCCACGUUCCUUUAAGGAUCUGUAAAGCUUCCUCAGUGGAACCCCCCGUACACAGUCUCAGUGUGUCUGGACUCUUAAAGAGAACAGCUGAUGG